UAAUAACGUUUAGUUAAUUAUCGCUCGCUCAUCUGUUCCGUCCGCUCAUGUGUAGGUUCGGCACGUCGCAUGUGAAAAUAUAAUAGAAUUCUUUUAUAAUAUUUCAACUAUUUAAUAUUUAUUAAUAACAACAUUUUCGUUUUCUACGGUUAUUGUUCGACUACUGUGUUAAGUUUUCACCGUUUUAUAUUGAUAGUAUCAGCAUAUCUAUACUCGUAAUUUUUUACUACACUGGUGUAAAAUUUAACAACGUACUGAGCUUGAUGAAUGUUCAUCGGCGAUAUGCUCACCACAAAAGAUCAUCAUUGUAUACUGCUUAUUGUCAAAGUGCUAGUUAUCAUAUUCUUAACAUUAGCCCAUAUUCAAUGCGUUUGCUGUGGAAUAACUGACCAAAUUGAUAAUCAAUUCAAUAACUAUGCAUUUAUUGAACCGAAAUUAUUUAAUGCAAGGCAUAAAAGAGAGAUUCAAUCAACCAAAAUAAAUCCGAAUGGCCUGGAGCAUGCCCAUGGUGUUACCUUAAUAUUUGUCGACAAACAACAAGAAUAUAUUAUUGAUCUCAGCCUCAAUAGAGGACUAAUUCCAGUAAAUUACUUUGAAAAACAUCAGAAAGAUGGAGCUCGUGUAAUAAAUCGACCAAAAGCUAACGAACUUGAAUUUUGCAAUUAUAAUGGUAAAAUUCGUGAUUUUCCAAAUUCCUGGGCUGCAAUUUCUACAUGUGAUGGCAUAAGAGGAAUGUUUUUUGAUGGGAUUUCAUACCAUUAUAUUGAAAAUGUUGAACACGAAUCAGGUGAUAAGUACCAUAUUUUGUAUAAACAUGAAGAUCUUAGAACUAAUCAUACCUGUGGAUUUCCUAGUGCACCUGAAUUUACAACUAAUGAAAUCAAACGCAAUAAAAGAAACACGAGGUCUUUGAGGGGACCAUACAAUGAAAAUGACAAAUCCAGAUUUAUCGAAUUGGUAUUUGUUGUUGACCAAGAAGAGUAUAAGUAUUUUAACAGUGAACUGUCAAAAGUCUAUAAGCAUGCUAAAUCUAUUGCAAAUAUAAUAAAUUCACUUUAUAUACCACUAAACAUAUUCAUUACACUUGUUGGAGUGGUUGUGUGGACCGAAUAUAAUGAAAUUACAUUAGAGUCAAAUGGUGACACUACAUUGACUAAUUUCUUAACCUAUCGUCGUGAACAUCUUGUCAAAGAUCAUCCUAAUGAUAAUGCUCAAUUAUUAACAAGAGUCCAGUUUGAGAAUGGUGUUGUUGGUAAAGCCUUAAAAGGACCUAUAUGUACUUAUGAAUUUAGUGGUGGUGUAAACAGAGAUCACAGUAAAGUACAGGGUUUAGUAGCGACAACUAUAGCACAUGAAAUAGGUCACAACUUGGGUAUGGAACAUGAUCAAGAUGACUGCGAUUGCCCCGGUGGUCGAUGUAUUAUGGCGGCUUCUUCAGGAACAACGAGUCCAACCCAUUGGAGUUCUUGUAGUUUGGAAUAUUUAGCACUAGCGUUUGAGCAUGGAAUGGACUACUGUUUGAGAAAUAAACCCGUUAGAUUAUUUGGAAGCUCAGAGUGUGGUAAUAGUUUUGUAGAAGAUGGAGAAGACUGUGAUUGUGGGACAAAAGAUAUGUGCACCAAUCCUUGUUGCAACCCAGAAACGUGUAAAUUUCGUAAUAACUCCGUUUGUGCUACAGGACAAUGUUGUGAUUUAAAUACUUGCCGUUAUAAGUUUGCCGGUGUGGAAUGUAGAUCGGCUACACAUGAAUGUGAUUUACCUGAGUACUGUGAUGGACAUUCAGAGUAUUGCCCUGAUAAUGUGUUCAAAUUUGAUGGAUCCACUUGUGAAAAAAAUCAGGCAUUUUGCUUUAAUGGAUCUUGUCGUACGCAUGCAGAUCAAUGUCAUUUAUUAUGGGGCCCUACUGGAGAAUCAUCGGCGGAUCAGUGUUACAAAAUGAAUCUUAGGGGGUCACCACAAGGUAACUGUGGUUACAAUCGCCUGAACCAGUCUUAUGUAAAAUGCACCCUGGAAAAUGUAAACUGUGGCAUGUUGCAAUGUAAGCACAAGAAUGAACGUUUAGAAUUUGGUAUGGAGACUGUAUCCAUUGUAUCGCAUACAUUCAUCAACUUCGAUGGAAUAAUGAUACCUUGUAGAACGGCUGUUGUGGACUUGGGUCUAAAUGAUGUUGAUCCUGGUUUAACACCGGAUGGUGCAUAUUGUGGUGAAAAUAAGAUGUGUGUGAAACAAAAAUGUGUAGCAGUGGAGGAUUUCAGAGCACAAAAUAAUUAUUGUGAAAAUGAUUGCAAUGGCAAUGGAGUGUGUAACAGCAAAGGCAAUUGUCACUGUAAAAUUGGUUAUGCGCAACCAUACUGUGAUCAACCUGGUCCUGGCGGGAGUAAAGAUUCUGGACCAGCAUCCAGUCCAAACACAUUCAAAGGAUUUAUGACUGGAAUGUAUGUUCUAACAUUCGGGGCCAUUCCACUCUUGUUAGCUGUUUUGUUAUUCGCCUAUUGUUCCAAGAAUCAUCGAUCACCAACCGACUGGAAUAAAGCUAACCGCAAAAAGCUAUCCAAUGAUUCAGAAGUCGGUAACAAACCUAAUGGUACUGUAUCACCUUCGAGUACAUUAUUGAUAGACAAUCAAAAACCACAGACACUUCAUGCAGAUCUGGUAGGUAACUACAAAGGAUUUAGCAUCAAACCGUUGGUGCUCAACGAACAGCCAGUUGUCUCUCGGACCCCAAUCAGACCGGCGCCUUCUGCACCUGCCGUAGUUGCAGUGUUGAACGAAAGAGGCGGUAGGCUGCAGAUUAGUCAACCGGUGUUGGACGCAACAACAUCGUCUGCCGUGCACAAGUUGGUGUCAGUACCGUCGAAACCAGCGCCACCCAUACCGACUGCCGCCAGACCUGCGUCGUUGAUGGCGGUAGACAACAAAAAUAGUGGUGGUGGCGGAGUGGGAGGGUACCCAACACUGCGCAGAAUAACGUCAUUUAUGAAAAAUCAAAAGACCGACGAGAAAAAACACACGAUUCCUCGUGCCAACGCUAAGUUUGACAAGGAAGUGUUGAAAAAACUAGAAAUAUCACACCCAAUCCUCCAGAAGGAGAUAAACGUACCGUCGGAACCGUUGCCACUGGAGGCGGACCAACACAAAGCUGUCGUGCUUAGGGCGCAGAGCCUGCGCAUCGCCAACAACGGCAAUCACAGGCCGCGUGUACCGAACUUCGGGUCGAUGAAGUGCAAGCGGCCCACCAGCGUUGCCGCCACGACGACGGCCGCAGCGUCUGCCGUCUCCUGUUCAAGACCCACUUCACCACCGCCGCCCCGACCGCCGGCUUCGAACCCAAUCCAGGUCCAAGUCGACUACCAAAUACCGCGACCACUUGUGACCGACUGCAGCCGCGAUGGCGACGUACCCGAAAAUUUCAGUUGCGAGGAGCCGCUUUCGGAAAACAUCUAUUCGGUGAUCGACGAGCGCCCCGCGGUGGACGUGGACGAGGACGAUUCCUGCGCGUACAAAGUGCCCAGGUCGUUGGAGAGUUCAUUGCUGGGUGAGAUCGUGUCGGCGAUACAGGAACGCAAUCAUGAGUCCAUUUACACAAGUAAACCAGCCGUCGAUCAGCCACCGCAGCAGCAGACUUACGAAAACUAUAAGUCGUCGCCGGCCGGUUCGACCACCAGUUCUGGGUACAUGCGCCCCGUGGACGUCAAGUCAAGGGCCGCCUCGUACGAUCAGCCGGACUUAGUAAAAAACUGUGAUGAAAACCGUUCGUUGAACCCUUCGCCGGACGUGCUUGAAGCCAAAAAGCAACCUGCAGUCGACAAACCAACCGUAAUGUUUCCAAAACCGGUUGUCGGUGUAGCCAGCAAGUUGGCUUUAACAGCUACGGUGGGUCUGAAAAAAAAACUUUCGGACGGUAGUCGAUACCCUUCAAAAGGCGUGGCCAAUAUUCAGAAGAGAUUUGAAAGCCACGGAAAUGUACUGAAAAAUCCUCCGGUAUCGGCCAAACCAACCAUCACCGACAAGAGGUAAUGUUAGCCGUCAAAUACUGUAAAAGGAUGUUUUAUUAUUAUUAUUUAUUUUUGGGGGGUGGACGAAAGACUGCUGUCAUGACACCCGCAUUUUUUACAUACAAUUUUUUACAUACACAAUGGUGCUUAUAUUUAUCAUUUUUAUUUUGGAGUUAGUUAUUUCUCGUGUGUAAAUAUUUUGGUGUACAUAGAGUAUUGUUUUAUUUCUUUGAACAAAAUGACUUAUAAAAAAAAAAACUUAAUGUGAUAAACUUUUACUCAAAAUUAAAUUUAUUUGUGUUCAAAAGUGUUAGUUCCUUUACAGAAAAUAUUGCAAAUUUCAAUUUCUCGGAUUAAUAUCCAAUAUAACCUAUCAUAAUAUUAUUUUUAUUUUUAUGUAUAGAAAUAAUUAACCAAACCUUUUGGGUGCAUUAUUUACCUAUGGCUUUAUAGCUUAUAACUUCAUUCAUAAUUUUUAUUUAUUUCUCUACAUUUUAUUUUACUAGUCAUUAUGUUUAAUACUUUUAACGUGAAGUUUAUAUAUAUAUUAUUCUAUAUGUAUUUUGUGUUCAUGUAUUAUACUUUUUUUUCAUCUCCAUGCUUUUUAUAAGCUUUAUUAUACCAGCUAGUGCUCUACGUAUACAAAUAUAACGAUUGCAUAUUUUGCUAAUUGCUUAACAGUGUAAUUUUUUUUUUUAUUAUUGUUAAAUUUUACGCUUUUGGAUUUAUUUGUAUUUUUUCCCGCAAAUAUUUACUUCAAAGGAAAAAUAAAUAAAAGACACUAAUGUUAUUGACGCCAAAGGCUCAUGUUCCUCAUAGUCUAUUAAUAUAUUAUUAUAUAAUUAUUUUCUUUUUUAUUAUUAUUUAUUGUAUUUGUAUAUAAUAUUGUACCUACUUGUAUUUUAUAUUAUUUUUCAUUUUUAUUCGAGAAUAAAAUUAAAAUUUUAUAC